GACUCAUGGUCAUGGGAGUGGAUAUGUAGUCAACAAGGCGACCACGGGGUGGGGAAUGGGGGAGUGUCUGACCGGACAACUUUGAUCUAGGGUUGCCCGCCUCUCCCAGUCGCACUCCUGACGUCUUUACGUCGGCCUUCCUAACACUUGUACAGUUCCCUGAAAUACCUAAGGGGAGAGGAGGGAGAUAAAAUGUCCCUCUUCCCGGGUUGUGGUUUGAUUUCCUUAGGGUACAGCACCAUGGCUGGGGGCGUGGGCGGGAGAGAACUUGAGCUCCGAGGAAAGUCAAGGUGGCGCCUAAAGCCCUCUAGGAGAAGUGGGGUGCUGAGUCUCGGGCAGCAUGACGACGGAGACCUUCGUGAAGGAUAUCAAGCCUGGGCUCAAGAACCUGAACCUCAUCUUCAUUGUGCUGGAGACAGGUGGCUCUGCUGGCGCGGCCGAGUGACCAAGACAAAGGACGGGCACGAGGUUCGGACCUGCAAAGUGGCAGACAAAACUGGCAGCAUCAAUAUCUCCGUCUGGGACGACGUGGGCAACCUGAUCCAGCCUGGGGAUAUUAUCCGGCUCACCAAAGGGUACGCUUCAGUGUUCAAAGGUUGUCUGACAUUGUACACUGGCCGUGGGGGUGAUCUUCAGAAGAUUGGAGAAUUCUGUAUGGUUUAUUCUGAGGUUCCUAACUUCAGUGAGCCAAAUCCAGAAUACAGUGCCCAACAGGCACCCAACAAGACGGUGCAGAACGACAGCAGCCCUACGGCUCCCCAGCCUACCGCCGGACCCCCUGCCACUUCUCCAGCCUCUGAGAGCCAGAACGGGAAUGGACUGAGCACCCCACCAGGUCCUGGUGGUGGUCCCCACCCCCCUCACACUCCCCCCCACCCCCCCACCCCCCGAAUUACCCGAAGCCAGCCCAACCACACGCCUGCCGGCCCUCCUGGCCCCUCCAGCAGCCCUGUCAGUAAUGGCAAAGAAACCCGGAGGAGCAAGAGAUAGCAAGACAUUCUUCCUCCCCGCCACCAGCCGCAACCCAAGUGUCUGCCAGAGAACACAGCUUUCUGCUGGGCUGCUAGCUUUGGGGGGCAGGGGGUGUGUAGGAGUAUUUUAGCCACUAAACUUCACUGGAGGGGUGGUGAGCAGCGGCCUUAUCCGCCCUCAGCCGGUAGUCCCCUCCUUGUCAGCUGAAGCGGCCUGUCCCCUGGGAGUCCGGGCCCUCUGCCUCCCCUCCUUCCUCUUUAGAAACGAUGGUUACAGUCUGUUUCUUGUGUGUUUGAUGUGGAAGUUUAAUUGAAUCCCUCCUUCCUAAUAAAUGUUACCACUCUG